CGCCGUCGCCGAGGAGAUGCGCCGCGGCCUGUCCGCCGCCUUCGACGGACUCACCGCCGCGCCGCUGUCUGCGCUGCUGCGGAAGCCGCCCUGCCAGAGGCACAACCUCAGCGAGGAGCAGGUGCUCCACAACGAGUGGUACCAGCUGCCGUCCCCGGCGCCGCCAGUCCAGAUGGUGCAGUGGGCGCGCAGGCACCACCUGCCCGUCGUUCUCAGGAAACAUCUGUUUGUGCCAGAGCUAGCAGCGGCGUGGCUGGAUGAACUUCGCAAAGAGUUUCAUUUCCGGCCAGAUGUCCAAAUGGUGGCAGACGAGAAACUGAACAACGCCAGAACCCAAGUAGCCGAGAUGGCAGGCUGUAAUCAUAGUCAGGUGUGCACUGUCGGUGUCCACGUGCGGAGGACAGACUACGGACCGUACAUGCGAAAACUGUACCCCAGAUGGGAGGAGGCGGGCGUCGAGUACUACCGAGCUGCGGCGGCCGAGAUGCUGAGGGCGCUGCCUGCCAGGUGCGCCGGCGUCGCCUUCCUGGUCACCAGCGACGACCCCAGGUGGUGCCGGCGCCGUCUGCUGCCCGCACUCAGGGCGGACGCCCACGACAGAUCGCCGGUGAGUGCUGUGUUCCUAAGAUCGUCGAAAGAUGCAGUGGAUGAUCUAUGUCUGCUGGCGUCUUGUGAGCAUACCAUCAUUAACUACGGUACGUUUGGAACACUAGCCGCCAUGUUGGCUGGAGGCAGGGUAAUCCUGUAUGACACGACUCAGCACGGCGUACGCCACCGGAACCCUUCCUCUCGCAUAGCAGACUACCUGCCACAGUGGAGUGCUCUGUCCUGACGCGUGCUGCCCACUUAAUCAUUCCGCAUGGCGGUUGACACCUGCGUAAAUCUACUUCAGUAACAGCCUGUCAUCAGUUACCAGAUGACCUGUGUAUGGUGAUCAUGACUCGUGAACAGGAGUAUUCAGAAGGUGUGCUACCUACAACAAGGCAGCAGUUCAGAGGUGACUCUCAAAUGCUACAGAGAGAAACUGUGCAUCAUGCCAUUCUCACAGUUCCUGGCAGUGUUUGGUAAGGCACUUGCUCUGUACGUGAUUAAUGGAUCCACAGGACGGAACAUCGUUGCAUAUUUCUUCUGGUUGUUGCAUAAAACGUGUACUAAAAUACAAGGAAAGAUACAUGUUUGGUGUCGUUUAUUUGAAUUUUCCAGAAGGAAGUUGUUGGAAAUGUGGGAAAUCAUCGUGAAUCUCAACAAAACGAAAAUAUUCUACUUUUAAAGUUAUCUCAGCCUGACUUAUGGAAGAUGUAUUCUGAUGUCCACCUAGGAAGAUGAUUGGAUGACUGUAUGUUAUUGCACAAUAAAUCAACAACUGACAAAGUUGAUUUCCAGAUUCUGUGGCUUGCUGCCUGUAGUGUAUUCCUUGUUGCAGUCCAUUAAGUGAACUUGUCUACGGCCGUGGCUCACAGUAUGUGAUAAAAAUCCCUGCCUCACUCAGAACUCAUUAAGCCAUCUGGAUACCUAGAAAUAUGUCUUCAAGCUGCAUUAUAUUCGGCAGAUGACUGUGCCACUGCUCGAACUUGCUACCAUGUUCAUAUUUCGCUCAUCUGUGCAGUACUGGUCAGUGAAAUUAGUGUGAUAUAGUGUAUAAUAAUGUAUUUUCUUAUUGUUUACCUUAGAGAUUGUAUAGUCAGUUCUUAUUUUUACCGGUUGUAUCCAUUACUGAUCGCUGCAGACCUUACUGCCAUCAACUGAUACAGUAACUACAACAGAAAUGAUGAAUGAAAAAUGAAAAUAUCACUCAAAGAAAAUUAUAAGUUCCUUACAAGAAAAUAAAUGGUACAGUUAAGUUCACCUACAAUAAAUGUAAUAAAGACCAACAUGUCUAGUCAAAUAGAAAUGAAAAACAGGACGCUUAUGAAAGUAAUUCAACGUAGAUUUCUAGAUUCCUGACUUCGAUGUACUCUUAUUAUUUUCAAUUUUCCAGUAAUUCUCUGCAAUAGAUCUGCACCUAUCUGACCUUUCUUCUUUUAAUUUCUCAAAUUAUUUUACUUUGCUGUCUUCCUUCUGCUGUUAUCUACAUUAUGUUACUGCUAUGUAAAACACUCUUCAUAGUUAGAAGUGGAUAGAAGAAUCUUAUAGUAGUUUCAGAUAUCAUGUUUGUCCUGUUGAAAAUCCGGACCGAUUACUCCAUUUAAUAAACUGACUGUCAAAAUAUUAAUUCCGCAUGAUGCUGUGACCAUUAGUCAGCGCAGCUGUGACUUAAUUAUGGUCUGCUUUAAAGGUAAAGCCAACGGCCUUGCCGCAAAGGUAACACCGAUGCCCGUCAGAUCACCGAAGUUAAGCGCUGCCGGGCCGGGCUAGCACUUGCAUGGGUGACCAUCCAGUCUGCCGAGCGUUGUUGGCAAGCGGCGUGCACUCAGCCCUUGUGAGGCAAACUGAGGAGUUCCUUGAUUGACAAGUAGCGGCUCCGGUCUCGUAAACCGACAUACGGCCUGGAGAGCGGUGUGCUGACCACAUGCCCCUCCAUAUCCGCAUCCAGUGACACCUGUGGCUGAGGAUGACACGGCGGCCGGUCGGUGCCGUUGGGCCUUCCAAGGCCUAUUGGGACGGACAUUAGUUUGGCUCAGUUUAAUGGUAAAGAAACACAGGUUCCACUAGUGGAUUUGUCAGUUUCAACAAUUAUACCUCCAGCUGUACACCAGAACGUUAUGUACGAGGUAGACUAUAGACAUGUGUCGUAUUAAGCAAGGAUGGGAGGUAUGGCUGAACCACAGAAAUCACGACGUUAUAGCUGAGUUGUCGUUGUAACCGAUGUCGUUAUAAGAAAAUUCAACUGUAUUUGGUAAUGUGACUAUGUCUGUUCGCAAAAGGAAACAUUUUUACAUCAACAUUCCCUAUAAUAUUUGAUUACAGUGGUAAGAGGCUGUUUUUAAACAAGGCGAAAGAUUGUGGUAUCAGGGUAUUCAUGUCUUCGUAACAGAAUGUACGAAGUCCUUUUAAUGAGCUUGUAGGAAUAAAUCCAGAUGACAGUGUGACUCCAGUCAGGCUUGGGUAUAUAAUUAACUACACUUCUGAAGAUAAAUGAUUGAUCUGUCAAAAGCUUCAUAUGGUUUGCAGUGAACUGUGAUCUUGACUGAUAACGAAUUAUUUCUGACAGUUACCUGAUGUCAAUAACUACAAAUAUUUUAAAUUAAUGAUAUUUUAAUGUAUGAUUUUGUGGCAAUAUGACCGCAAAAAAUCUUCUUGGGCUUCCAGCUGUGCCACGUAGUAUAGAUCCACAAGUGCUCCAUUGGUGAUGUUUCACUUUCUGCCUCUAAAAAUAGAACCAGCUUUGUGAGUUCUGGCCCACUGAAGAGACAGGCUCUCUUCAGUCACAUACUAGGCGAGUAGGUACUGAGGCAGAGCGAGUCCUAAUCGGUAAUUUCCAGUUCUGACACUUGUCUUACAAUCAAAGGAAACCUUUUCAAAACCUUCGUCUGACCAGUGGGAUGAAGGAACUAUUUUAUAUUUAAUUUUGGGAAAUAUGUCCUAGACUAAAUGUUAAUACAAACUCUGCGUAAAGCAAAUGUUAAUAUCUCUUAUUAAAUAAAUAAACAAAUGUUGGUUACUA